GCCAAGUUAUCAGUUUAGUUUCGAGUUUCGAUAGAUCAAGAUGGUGCGAAGUGUCGGGGUUCGCUUGCUCCUAGCCUCGGGCAUCCUCUGCGUCCUGAUCGUCUUCACGGCGGCGCGGGACGUCAGGGACAUCAAGCGAAGAGAUGAACGUGAUCUAGACCUGGUAGCCGCAGCCUCGGGACACGGCCAUCAUUCGGAGUCGGGCGGAGGGCACAAGCAUCACUCCGACCACCAUGAAAGCCACGGUGAGAAGGGGGACAAGGGCUACAAGAAGCACCAUCACCACGACGAGGGUGAUCACGGAGAGCACGGGAAGGAGCACCAUGCUGGGCACCACGAGGAGCACGGCGGCCACGAGAAGAAACACCACGACGAGGCGGGGAAGUACGGCGAGCACCACGAGGGCGAGAAGGGCCACAAGGGUGGGAAGUUUGGGGAAAAGAAGGGCCACAAGAAGGGGCACAAGACCAAGGGGUACCACAAUAAGUUCCACAAGGACGAGUAUCACAAGGAGCACAAGUUUUACGACGACUACCACAAGGGUGGACACCACGCGAAGCACGGUGACUUCCAUGGGCACCAUGAGAAGAAGGAAGGCGGCCACAAGAAGGGCGGUCACCAUCACUCUGGCUACCAUGAUGACCACCACGGUAAGAAGGGCCAUCACGACAAGGGACACCACGACGAGGAUCACAAGGGUCAUCACGGGAAACAUGGACACGAGGAGCACCAUGCACACCACGAUUCGUACGCCAAGAAGGGUGCCCAUAAAGACGGAAAGAAAUACGGAUUCAGCAAGGGUCACAAGGGCUGAUUAUCCCUUGAGUUUCCGGCUGAGGGGAUCGACCAGGGAUGUUAUUUAUAUGAUAGCUUUAAUCACUGUACAUAUACUUUGUCAAAUCCAAAACGCAGGACAUGCGUCAUCGAACAUGCGAUAUGGUUUUUUAUUUGUAAAUAAGUGUACUGAAUAUUUUAUAGUUGUAUUUUAUUCAUUAUUUUGUUGUACGUACAUACAUCAUGUAUCGCUAAGUCAUUUGA